GUUAAACAUGUUUAAUAGUUGCGUAAAUUGGAUACAAAAACUGAACUUUUCCCCAAUUAUGCAAACCCAAUUGUCACUCGCACCACUUUCCUUAUUAAUGCAACUCUGUCGAAGGCUCAUCUUCUUCAGCUACAGAAGGUCAUUUUCGUCAAUGGCAACUUUCCCUUCCCCGGCCGCCGUGACCACCAAGUCCAGACUGAAAGGCGUGGUGUUCGAUAUGGACGGGACUCUAACUGUCCCCGUGAUCGACUUCCCGGCGAUGUACAGGACAGUUCUCGGCGAGCAGGAGUACGUGAGAAUCAAGUCGGAAAAUCCAUCGGGGAUUGAUAUCUUGCACCACAUUGAGACGUGGAGCUCCGAUAAACAGAAACGGGCCUAUGAAAUUAUUGCGGAUUUUGAGAAACAGGGUUUGGAUCGUCUUCAGAUUAUGCCAGGUGCUUCUGAACUUUAUGGAUUUCUUGAUUCAAAGAAUAUUAGAAGAGGAUUAAUCACCAGAAAUGUGAAGGAUGCGGUGGAUUUGUUUCAUCGCCGUUUUGGGAUGAUAUUUUGUCCUGCAUUAAGCAGGGAGUUUCGUCCUUACAAACCAGACCCAGCUCCUUUGCUUCACAUAUGUUCAAAUUGGGAGGUGCAGCCUAAUGAGGUUAUGAUGGUUGGGGAUAGUCUUAAGGAUGACGUGGUCUGUGGGAAGAGAGCUGGAGCUUUUACAUGCUUGCUUGAUGAAACGGGAAGGUACGAUUCUCCACAAUACCAAAAUUUCGAGUAUAAACCAGAUUACAAAGUCUCUUCUCUUGUCGAAGUUCACAAACUCCUGGAGAAAGAUUUCAACCUUUCCUCGUAAUCUCAUAGACUGAAAGCUUUAAUCCCUUCUGUAUCUGGAUACAUUUUGUGGUCAUACUACAUUACCGUUGUUAGGUGAUAUAUAUGCUAUCGAUGUUAGGAUAAGAUAGACUUAUAUUUGGGGCUGGCUUCAUUCUUAUGUUCAGCUGGCUGAAUCAAGUUGUGCCUUCCAGAGUUUGAACUAAUAAUUGUCAGGUUGGAAAGAAGAAGUAAAAAAACAUAUUGUAUUCAAUUGAAACGGUUAAAACCUUUCACGACUUUUUAAAGUGAGUCACUUUUAUAUAAUUUGUGAAACUUUAUUGAUCUUG